AUGUUCGUCCUUACCCCGCUGCGUUGGCGGAAGUCGAUCCAGUCCUACCCGGUCCCGCCCAAGACGCGCCUAUACAGCCGGCGCUGGAGCACCUCGCGGACGAACCACUACGGCCGCGCGUACUGGCGUGGCCUGAUGAACGAGAACCACGCCAGGCCCUCCUUCUGGGUUUCCGACUUCCGCCAUCGCUACCUGGUCCGGACGGGGACGGACUUCCAGGGCAGGGUCCCCGCUUCCCCCUCCCCGGGCACCUACCAGGGCUUCCACGACGUGCAUAAAAUCCUCGCGAACCACCCAAAGCCGCCGCGCGCGUCCCGGCACCUCCCGGUGAUGCCGAUGACCCCUCGCGUCGUAUACGAGCACGCCCAGGAGAAGCGAAUCGACUUUGCGAAGAAGAUCCGCCGCGAUCGAAAUCGCAUGGAGGAGCUCAAGCAGACGGAGUUCUGGGGGUGGUAUACGAAACUUCAGCGCGUGCGCGGUCGAUGGUGCCGCGAACAGGAGAUAUCCAGUCGAGGCGUCUAUGGACCUGCUGUAGAUGCGGCUGAUUUGUGGGGGUGA